AUGGAACUUGUCACUAGAGAAAUUGAUAUCGAAAAUUUUCCACUCGCCGACGGAGAUAUUCUUGUAAAAAAUCAAUAUUUAUCGUUGGACCCAUAUAUGCGUGGCAAGAUGAGAAAACCUGAUACAAAAUCUUACUCACCACCAUUCGAUCUUGAUAAAGUUUUACAAGGACGUGGUAUUGGUACUAUUAUUAAAUCUAAUAAUGCGAAUUAUAAAGUUGGUUGGGAAGAAUACUCACAUAUCCCGAAAGAUGCUACAUCAGGUAUUGCAGAACUAUCGGAAGCAAUUUCAAAAUCUAACGCUCCCAAAAGUUAUUUUCUUGGAUUACUUGGUAUGCCCGGAUUAUCUGCCUAUGUUGGUCUCAAUAAAAUUGGAAAACCGAAAAAAGGUGAAACUAUUUUUAUUUCAGCCGCAUCAGGAGCAGUUGGACAAGUAGUAGGACAAAUUGCAAAGAUUAAAGGAUUACGUGUAAUUGGCUCCGCUGGUGAUGAUUCCAAAGUUAAAUAUCUUGAAGAAUUAAAUUUUGAUGGUACAUUUAACUAUAAAACUUGUAAUAUUGAUGAGUUCGAAACUAAUCAAUUUCUCUCAAAAAAUAGUGGUGAAACUCUUGAUAUAGUUCUCAAUCGUCUAAACCUCAACGCUCGUGUAAUAGCAUGCGGAAUGAUUUCUCAAUAUAAUACUAAGACACCUUACGGCGUUAAAAACUUAAUGAACGUCGUUUCAAAACGCCUUUUAAUUCAAGGAUUUAUUGUAGGUGAUCAUUACCAAGAAAUUGAUGCUUUCCAAAAAGAUAUGGAUGAAUGGUUAAAACAAGGUAAAAUAAAGUAUAAGGAAGAUAUAGUUGAAGGAAUCCAAAAUGCACCAGAAGCAUUUUUAAAUUUAUUAACUGGUAAAAAUUUUGGAAAAGCAAUCAUUAAGAUUUGCUAG